UUUUAAAUCUUGAGCGAUAACGUCUUUCAUUUGGUGGUGUGUUUAGUUAGAGAACUGGUCUUUUUAGCAACAUCAUGGUCUCCUGGAGUUUCGUCGCUGCUUUAACAGUCGCAACUAUUGCUACAGUAUAUUGCGUACUACCAGAACAAUUUCACGAAUGUGUUAAAGGAUGUCCGAGUGGAUUUUUCUAUUUUGAUGACAGUUGUUAUGUCAUUCCACGUAUCAAGGUAUCCUGGGGACAAGCCGUGGGUUAUUGCCGAGCCUUAGAUUCAGAACUUUUAACUAUUGAAACAGCUGCUGAACAAGAAUUCCUUGCACAAGAAUUAAAGAAACAUCAUGGUAAGAUGUUCUGGUUUGCUGCCCAAGAUAUGGUGGUAGAAGGUAUUUGGCGAUGGACAAGAUCAUUAAGUCCUGUCCUUUUGAAAUACUGGAGAAAAGCCCAACCUGACAACCGACUUGCUCCCGAUUAUAUCCACCGAGAACAUUGCGGGGCCAUUGCUGAAGACGGCUGGUCUGAUGAGCUUUGUAACGACGAGCAUUACUUUAUUUGUGAAAAACCCAGUUGGUAAGGAGUCGUAACCACUCGAGUUUUGACGGAGAAAAACUGAUUCAAUUAGAUGUAAAACAACACAAUAAAAUUCUUCUAAAAACUUC